UUUUUUACCUCGCGCGAGUGUCUGUAAAAACGAAAAGUCAGCUCUACAUCAAAAAUGUCAGAUUACCCGUUGCUUCAUGCCUACAUCAGUAGUGCCAUGAUUCUACUUUGUGAUGCUCAGUUUCAUCGCUAUUUGCUUUUCGGCAUACGCCACCAUGUAGCGAUUUCAGUUACGCUGCGAGCGACAUCAGUUCUUCCCGCGCUCUAUUUGAGCUUCCGCGCUCGGACCAAGGGUCUUCAUGCUCUUCGAGCUUAGCACGAUGAGAGAGACAGAAAAAU